AUGGGUUGUUGUGCUAGUGCUGAAGAACAGGACAAGAAGAAGAGGAACGAUGAAAUCGACAAUGCCCUGAAAAAGGAACAGGCUAAACUCAGAAAUGAAGUCAAAAUGCUGCUUCUGGGUGCCGGAGAAUCAGGCAAAUCAACAAUCUUAAAACAAAUGAAGCUGAUUCACGACUCUGGCUACUCGGCCGAAGAACGUGAAGCAUUCAAAGAAAUCAUCUUUUCAAACACGGCUCAAUCGAUGCGUGUCAUCUUGGAAGCAAUGUCCUCGAUGGGUAUCGCACUCGGAAACGACGAUAACGAAAAACACAAGGCUGUCAUCUUGGAAUUGCCAAACCAGAUCGAGGCUGAAGUGUUUCCUCCUGAAGUCGCUGCUGCUGUUAAGGCUCUUUGGAUUGAUGAGGGUGUCAAGGUUGCUUUUGGUCGUAGUCGUGAAUACCAGCUUAACGAUUCUGCUAGAUACUACUUUGACGCUGUAGACCGUAUCGCUGCUGGUGAUUACGUCCCAACUGACCAAGAUGUCUUGCGUUCUCGUGUCAAGACAACGGGUAUUGCUGAAUCUACCUUCCACAUUGGUGAAUUGACAUACAGAAUAUUCGAUGUCGGAGGACAACGUUCUGAACGAAAGAAGUGGAUCCACUGUUUCGAAAACGUCACUGCUAUUGUAUUCUUGGUUGCCAUCUCUGAAUACGAUCAAGUGUUGGUUGAGGAUGAGACUGUGAACCGUAUGCAAGAAGCACUCACCCUCUUUGACUCCAUCUGUAACUCUCGAUGGUUUGUAAAAACCUCCAUCAUCCUCUUCUUGAACAAGAUUGACUUGUUCAAGGACAAGUUGCCCAAGUCUCCAAUGGUUAAAUACUUCCCUGAUUUCACUGGUGGUGAAUCUUAUGAUGGUGCUUGCGAGUACAUUCUCAACCGCUUCGUCUCAUUAAACCAAUCGGAUCAAAAACAAAUCUACACUCACUUCACUUGUGCAACGGAUACGACACAAAUCAAGUUUGUUAUGGCUGCUGUUAAUGAUAUCAUCAUUCAGACAAACUUGAGGGACUGUGGUCUCAUGUAA